AUGGCAGAAGGCCCUGGAUCCAAUCCCAGUCUCAAGAGGCCGAAAGUCACCAAGGACCAGAUUGCUCCAGAUGCUGAUGUGACAAUGCAAGAACCCACACCGCCAGUUUUCAUCCGCAAACUCCGUAAAGCAGCAGUGGGAACGAGUUGUGAUAUCCGACUGAGGGUGUCCGUAGCAGGAAACCCCAAACCUUUGCUGACCUGGUACCACAACGAUGAGCCCGUCCCGCCAUCUGAAGCCCAGGACUCGGGCGGGCUGUGGAUUCGGGACUGCCGCAUGUGCGACGCCGGCUUGUACACUUGCGUGGCGACCAAUGAGCUGGGAGAAGCAAGCUGCAGUGCUGUCUUGGCCAUUAUGGACCUCGGUGAAGACUCUGAGAACACAGAGGAUGAGACCACUGAACCUCAGAUGGAAACCAAAGAAGGGCCCGGGAGGCACCAAGACAAGGCUGGACGGAGAGGACCUUCAGGUGAGGGAGGCGGGAUGAUGGACUAUAACCCAGACGCUUCAGAUCGCAGGGCCACCCUCCCUGGUGCCUAUGACCCUGUGGUGGAGCGAGAGCUCCGCGCUCUGGGCUCCCGCCCUCCGGGGCUCCACUUGGACCCCUCAAACCCUGCCAGGACUCAAACCGCUGACGAAUCACAGGAGCUCUCCUCCCGUGUCCCCCUGUCUUCUCCCCAGCCAACUCCCAGUACGCACAAAGACAGCAUCCCUCCCCAAGACCAAGACCCGGGUAAAACCAAACCAUCAGAUCCCCAAUCGUCUAAGACAGAGCAGGCAUCAGGUGUGAACAGUGUUGUCAUGACACCCAAACUGGCUCGUGCAGGGCCAAAGAUCUUCGACAAGGUCCUCGCUUUUGAGGAACGAAGGGCUAGUGUUGAUCUGCCGGGAGGAGCCGGAUCAGGAUCAGGUUCUAGAUUUGGACGAGAGGCUUCCUGCGACUCGGACGACAGCAGGAAGAAGACAGGAGGCCCCGGCAAAGAGGACGACCGAAACUUGCAGGGAGUAGCACUAAAGCGAGCAGCGUUCAAGCAGCGAGCCUCGUCUUUAGAGGACAAGACGAGCUACUCCCAGAGGGUCCAGAGCUACCAGAGCAAGUUUGCCGAAGAGCUCCAGAGGAUCAAGAAACUUGUGGGGAAACCGAGCUUGAAGAAGGCGUAUUCCACUGAGCAGCUGUCGCAGAAGGAGAGGCUCACCACAGGGAAGCUAGAGCCCAUUCCUCCCCAAGUGGUUAAAAAGUUGGAGGAAAGGGAGCGAGCGCUGGAGGACAGGAGGGCCGGGGACAGCAGAUUGAAGAUCUCUCCACAGGCGCACAGCAAAAGUCUGGGGAAUCAAAGUAACAGCCCUGAAAAGAGCAAGAUGACACAGCCGGAUUCGCAGGGGAUACCAGUCGAUGGCUCAUCACAGGGAAACACAGAAAAAACCUCUGUUACCAUGGAGACGGCACCAGUUCACCAGUUACCAGGGCAACCAUUGCCAACAGCCACAAGGAGAAGCCUCACCAGGGAAACUCUACAAAACUCUGCGGGAGCUGACCGAGACACACUUGUCAACACGUCGCAAAAAUCCUCGUCUCCCGUCAGAGAUCUGAGAACAGAUUCAAAGAGAGAGACAAAGAUGGACGACAAAGCAGCCCAUCGACCUCCGAGCCCAACUGGAAAGAGAGCAUCCCCACUAACAGUUAAGGAACUUGGGUCCCAGUACCCACCCAAGCCCCCCCGGCUGACCCCAUCACCCACGCCCUCCAUCAGUCCUCUUGUGAAAAGGAGGAAGGCGGAGGGGCGGACGUCUCCAGCCACGAGACUGAACAUCCCUACAAUCUUGCUGGAGGACGAACCCAUGGAGACAGAAUGUGUUGAAGACAGAAGCAACGAGAGAAGCAAGACCAGAAGGAAAGAGGGGAAAGUUCUCAGGAAAGGUCGUUCUGCUCAACCCAGGUCUCCAGAGGAAGGGGCCUCGUCUGAUGACUCCGACCUGUCUGCUGAUCAGGAGCCAGCUGAGGGCCCGAGGUUUAAGAGGACUCUUGUGGACACCAACGGAUCCAGCGGCUCCGAGGUCACGCUGAAAUGCAUCAUCACCGCGACUCCGCCUCCCACAGUGACAUGGAGGAAGAAUAAUGUGGAGAUACGGAGCGAUGCGUUCCAUGUGGUUAAGGCUGACGGGGAGAAGCACAGUCUGGUGAUAAAGCAGAUGAGGCCGAACAAUGCGGGUGCGUACUGCGUCACAGCUGUCAACGCAGCGGGCAGAGUGACCUGCAGCGCCACGCUCUAUAUCCAAUCAGAGCCAACCCACAUGCAAUGUGGGAAACAAGCCGGGGCCUUGGAAGUCAGAAGUCCAACGCAGCCAGACGAGGAGGAUCUGAGCCCUCAGGAGGAGGCGAUGGAGCUCCGGCACUCCACCGCUCCUAGUAAAAGAGUCCACUUCAAAGAAACUCCCUCAUUUCAGAUGGCGCCAUGUGACCAGGAGGUGACUCAAGGUCAAGAUGUCGUCAUCACAGCGAAGGUGUCCGGGCAGCCCAAACCGAUGGUUUACUGGUUGAAGGACAGAGUCACGGUGAAGACGGCGGGGCGCUUCGCUGUGAGAGAGACGGACGACGGCACCAGUGAAAUGAGAAUCAGCUCAGCUCAGAGGUCAGACACAGGGCUUUACGUCUGCAAGAUCAUCAACGAGGACGGAUCCAAGCAGGCGAAGUGUAGAGUGGAGGUCAAAGCGUCUGCAGCACAGACGGCGCUGGAAAUCAUCCGGGAGGUAAAAAGUGUGGCUGUGAAGGCUGGAGAGUCGGCCAUGUUUGAGUGUCACAUGACAGGACCUUCAGACGUGGACGUGGACUGGCUCUCCAAUGGGAAGCUGAUCCAGCCGGCGCUGCUCAACUGCAAAAUGCACUUUGAUGGCAAGAGGUGCCGUCUGCUGCUGAAUUCAGUUCAUGAAGAUGACAGUGGAACAUACAUAUGCAAGCUAAGCACUGCCAAAGAGGAGUUAACCUCAAGCGCAAACCUGAGUGUCGCCCCAUCCAAGGAGCCUCUGUUCACCCGUAAACUGGACAUCCUGGAGGUCAUCGAAGGUCGCACCGCCCGCUUUGACUGCAAGGUGAGCGGAUCACCUGCUCCUCGAGUCACAUGGAUGCAUUUUGAGACAAAAGUGGAGGAGAGUGAUGAUGUCCGCAUCCUUCAGGAGGGGGGUCGUCACUCACUUGUCAUCGCCCACGUUAGCAGCGACACAGAAGGCUUCUACACAGCGGUCGCCCAAAACGUUCAUGGAACGUCUGAAUGCACCGCUGAGCUCUACAUGCAAGAACCCCGAGCUGCCAUCUCUUCCCACAUGGCCAAGCUGGAGAAGAUGCCAUCCAUCCCUGAGGAGCCUGAGGUGCUGGAGAGCGAGGUGGAGAAGAGGACCAUGCCGGACUUUGUCAAGCCUCUUGCCGAUGCGGAGGUGAUUGAAGGCAAAGAGGCGCUGCUGAAAUGCAAAGUUGCGGGCCUGCCCUACCCGACCAUCGCCUGGUACCACAACGGCAAGCGCAUCGAGAGCAGCGAGGAACGCAAAAUGACCCAGCACAGGGAUGUCCACAGUAUGGUCAUUCGGAGCGCGUGUCACGCUCACGGGGGCGUCUACAAGGCCGUCAUCUCCAAUAAGCUGGGCAAAGCAGCCUGCUAUGCACAUCUAUACGUCACAGAUAUCGUCCCUGACCCCCCUGAUGGUCCUCCAGUGAUAGAGGCCAUCACAGGGAAAACUAUAAGCCUCAGCUGGAAGCGACCAAAGAGGCUUGACUCUUCAUUUGAUGCCGGCUCCUUGCUAUAUGUGGUCCAGCAGCAGCCUCUGGGCUCGAUUCAGUGGUCUGUCGUGGCGUCCAACCUGAGAGAGACCAACUACACCGUCACCUCUCUGUCCAAAGGAGUCCGCUACGCUUUCCGAAUCCUGUCGUCCACAGGGAAGACGCUGAGCAAACCAUCUCCCUUUACUGACCUGGUCCAGCUGCUGGACAGAGGACCCUAUUUAAGGAGAGCACCAGUCAUUUUGGACAAACCUGACAUUGUAUAUGUCGUUGAGAACCAACCUGCGAGCAUCACCAUCACGCUGAACCACGUGCAUGCAGUUGUCACCUGGAAAAGGAGGGGGGUGGUGUUGGUCAACCGACCGGGGAUGUAUGAGAUGAGCAUGCCAGAUGAUGAUCAACACACCCUGAAGCUCCAGAGAGUCAGGAGCUCAGACAUCGGUCAGCUCGUGGUCACGGCCAGCAACCAGUUUGGCAGCGACCUCUGCACGCCUCAGCUGGCAAUGGCAGUUUCUCCCAAGUUUGAAACCAUCAUGGAGGAUGUGGAUGUGCACGUUGGGGAGACGUCCCGUUUGGCUGUGGUGGUUGAAGGGAAACCAGACCCAGAUAUUCUGUGGUACAAGGACGAUGUGCUUCUCUCUGAGAGCAGCCACUUCACGUUUGUGUACGAUGACCCCGAGUACUCCCUCGUUGUCCUCAACGCCCGCCCCGAACACUCCGGUGUGUAUGACUGCACCGCCAAGAACCUGGCCGGCUCCAACUCCUGCAAAGCUGAACUCACGGUUCAUACAGAGCGAAAAGAAGCAGCAGAGCCAAUGGAGGACGAAGGAACCAUUCUGAGGAAGAUGAGGCGUCUGACAGAUUACUAUGAUAUCCACAAAGAGCUGGGGAGGGGCGCCUUCUCCUAUGUGAAGAGGGUGAUUCAGAAAAAGGGAAAGGGCGAGUUCGCUGCCAAGUUCAUAUCUGCGGGAGGAAAGAGGAAAGUCUUGGCCCUCAGAGAGAUGGACCUGCUGUCUGAGCUGGACAACGAGAGGAUUCUCUAUUUCCAUGACGCCUUUGAGAAGAAGAGUGUGGUGGUGCUCAUCACAGAGCUAUGUCACGAAGAGUUGCUGGAUAGGAUGGCCAAAAAAACAACAGUCAAGGAACUGGAGAUCCGCUGGAGUGUUCAGCAGCUUUUAGAAGGUCUUCGUUAUCUUCACCAAAAAAACAUUGCCCACCUUGACGUAAAGCCAGAAAACAUUUUAAUGGCAAGUCCUGGGAGCGACCUGAUCCGCAUUUGUGACUUUGGCAACGCCGUGAAACUGGAGACUUCUGAGCAGCACUACUGCAAAUACGGCACGCCAGAAUAUAUUGCACCAGAGAUUGUUAACCAAACUCCCGUCUCCACGGCAACAGACAUAUGGCCUGCUGGUGUCAUCACGUACCUCUGCCUGACCGGCGUGUCUCCUUUCGCUGGUGAGAAUGACAGAGCCACAGCCUUAAACAUCCGGAACUACAACGUGGCGUUUGAGGAGAGCAUGUUCACCGACAUCUGCAAAGAAGCGAAGGGAUUUGUCAUCAAGCUUUUGGUGGCAGACCAACUGAGGCCCAGUGCCAUCGAGUGCCUUCGUCAUCCUUGGUUCAAGUCGCCAACGAACAAAAGCAUCAGCACAGCUAUGCUGAAGCAAGUUUUGUCUAGAAGGCGAUGGCAGCGUUCCCUUAUCAGCUACAAAUCCAAGAUGGUGAUGCGGUCCAUCCCAGAGCUUUUGAAUGAGUCCUCUAACCACGUCUCCAUUGCUGUGGCUCGGCAUUUAAAAGAAGGCUCCCCACCACCCUCCUCUUCCUCCGACUCCGAUGCAGAUGUAGAUGAGCUUCCCUUCAUUCCUAUGCCGCUGUCCAUGGUCUUUUCUGGUUCCAGGGUCUCCAUUAACGAGAUCCCGGGGGACGAAGACGUCAAUGCAUGGUCUAGUGUUGCUACAGACGGGACAAGGAAAAAGGACAACGUGGAGACCGCAGGUACGAGAGGAGGGGCUAAUAAAGGUGUGAAGGAUGAAGAGGAAACCCCAGUUGAUGAGGAAAUAGAAAAGACAAAUCAAACACCCCUUAUAAAAGUAUCAAGUGUGGAGGCGGACGAAACUCAGACAAAGUCCAGGAGGGCUACCAUGAGGAGAGGCAGCUCUGCUGAUUCAGCACUUCUCCUUCACAUUGACCCAGAAGAGGGAAACGCAAACAAGGAUUCAGAAGAGAGUAACAAGAGCCUGAAAAAGGCUGUUUCUAUGGAACUGCCCAAUCGCAGCCCGAGCCCCGGGGCAGCGACGCUAAGCCAGGAGGAUUAUGCCCUCAAACUGGAACUGAUGAGACAGCGGUUGCUAAGGGGAGGAAACGCCGACAAGAAGAUGAGCGGCCUGCGAGGGCCCUUGUUUGAAACGCUCGGCAUGGAAGAUGAGAGGCGGACUGGGUCUCUUGAUCGGAACUUGAGGAGAUCCAGAGCGGGGCCAUCAACACUCACCAGAGCAGCGUCUUCAGAGAUCGCCGGAGAGGACACGACGAAGACCAAAGUUUUUAAAAAAAGCGCCUCCUUCACUCAGGGGGAUUCUGAGCCCAUGCCCCUGCACCGCAGGUUCGGAGCCCCCUUAGAGAUCCCAUCGGUGGGCAAUAGUAGCAUAGAAGGGAAAAAUCUCCAGGAGGCAACAUCAAUGUCCUCAAUCACAGAACAAACAACAGUGGAGUCUACGUCUGCCUCACCCACAAAGAAGACUUCCUUUAUACUCCCAACAACAGGAAGGUUGGACCAACAGCAGAAACAUAAUAAUGUGAAAGAAUGUGAAGAUAUGCAAAGUAUGAAUGAGAAGAACAUGGAUGGUAAAACAGAGAAAAGGACCAAAACCCAGUUAGAAAAGCCAGAUAAAGUAGAAUCAGAGUCGAGAUCACCCUCUGUUGUUACUCCUAUAAUUGUAAUAGAGGAGGAUGAUGAUGACGAAGAAGAAGAGAAGAAAGAAAAUCAAGUGUUACAUAUUAAUGAGAAGGACAUGAAAGGUGAUAAAACGGAAAAUGGUAAACCGUCCUCUGCGUACGCAAGUGUCAUUCAAGCUGUUUCGGCCCAAACGAAUGACACAAAGUCCACAGAGGUCCCCACGUUACCGGAGCAUCCAGCAGUAUUUGCCAAAGUAGCGACCGCUGAUCGAUCUCCUAGUUCUGUUUCCACGUCGUCAAACCCUGAUCUCGCUGCCGUCCCACGCCGGCCUCUUCUCAGAACAGACAUCAAAGACAUCGACUCGGAGGAGGUGUUCGAAGCCAGGUUUAAGAAGCGGGAGUCGUCUUUGACCCGCGGCCUCCGAAAACUGACCAGGAACAAAUCGGAGGAGAAAUCCCCUGUGCUGAGCCGGAAGGAGGGCGAGGAGGUUUACAGGCCGGGACGAAGGGGGGCGCCUCUUGAAAUGGUAUCCAAAGGACUACAGGAGAAAUCCAAAUCUGUUCAAGACUUGAGAGAAGAAGAGAAAGAAACGGGCCUCAGCAUGAUUGGGAGGUUUUCCUUGCGGGCCAAGAGGUCAGCAUCCGUUGAUAAGAAGGGAGAGAAACCAAAGGAGGAGAAGCAUCAGGAUGUGAAGGAAGCUGCUGUAAACAAGAGGGUAUCAUGGGCCAUCGGUCGCAGUAAGUCCCUGGACACAAAGGAGCUGAGCAGUGCAGCAGCACAGAGGCAGCAGGAUGAGAGAGAGCAAAGGAAAGCUGAGGAGUCAUCGGUUUCUGCUAUGAGGCGCAAGUUUGAGUCCAAAGUGGCUGGAAUCUCUGCCAAGAUAAGGACCCAGUCGGAGGAGAGGAAGGACAGGGACGCUGGGGGAAGUCAGAAAGAGCUGGUGCAGAAGGAUUUAAAGAAGGUCACUGACUCUCCGGUCCUCGCAAUGCGACACAAGUUUGAGAACAAAGUGGCAGGAAUCACCUCGAAGAUCCGCAGUCAGUCCGAGGAGAGAAAAGAGGGCGAAGAGGGUAAGAGGACGCCGCUGUUCACCCGCCAUCGUCAUUCCCAAUCUGAGGGGCGAGGGCUCAAAGGAAUGGGCAUCCCCGAGAAUCAGCUGGCCAAACAGACCGGCACCGCUGCGUCCAAGGAAUCGAUCGAAUCCGCCUCCAGCAUCCAUUCCGAAAAAGCCUCCGAGACCGAGAGGCGAUCACGGUGGGACAGGUGGGGUUUGACGAGAGGCAAGAAAGACAAAACGCCCUCUCAGUCUGAUCUGGCUUCAUCCGUCCCCAAAGAGGAGGGGUUGUCAAAGAGCCAGCAGUUUAUCCGCUCCGCUUCGGAUUUUGCCCCCGUGUUCCACAUCAAACUGAAAGACCACAUCUUGCUGGAGGGCGAGCCGGUCACUCUCAGCUGCCUUCCAGCUGGAAGUCCACAUCCAGAGAUCACAUGGAUGAUGGAUCGUAAACCUCUGGAGGUGGACGACAGGAUCAACCUGAGGUCUCAUCCAGACGGCAGGCAGCUCCUUAUGAUCAUGAAGUCCAGCCGGAGGGACGCUGGAGUCUACGAAUGUGUAGCUACCAACCCCAUAGCCACCAUCACCACCUCCUGCACAUUAACCAUAGCUUGUGUCCCAAAGCGGCCUGGGACCCCCGAAGUCCCCCAGACUUACAACAACACAGCCCUGGUGCUCUGGAAGCCAGCAGACACCAAGUCUCCAUGCAGCUACACCCUGGAGAGAAAAACAGAAGGCGAUUUUAACUGGCUGACUGUAGCCACUGGAGUCGUGGACUGCUACUACAAUGUCACAGAUCUGCCACUAGGGGGCACUUUCAGGUUCAGAGUCGCCUGUACCAACAAGGCGGGACAGGGGCCCCACAGCAACUGCUCCGCUCCUGUCAGCCUGGACUCAACAGCUGGAGGAGCUUCUCCUCCCAUGGCCGUCGUAAAGACAGUCCCAGCUCCACCUGAACCUGCUGUCCCGUCCUCAGUGACCGUGCCUCCAUUAAAGCCAGUCCAGAACAAUGCUCCAAGGAUAGCCACCUCCACCUCCACCUCCACCUCUCCAAAAGAUGCAGCCUCCCCUGCUGCUUUACCUCUUCCACUUGUUUCUCCAACCACUGAAGACGCUCCUAAAAUAAGCUCCUCUCUUCUCUCUUCACCCACAGUCAAAGCACCUCCACCCUUUGUCCUCCCCAAACCCCAGAGUCCAGUAAACGUGGUGUCUCCUAUGACCCAGAACCCACCAUUAUCACCACCACCCGUUCUCGUGACCCCGCCAUCGACGCCAGUCAAACCAGCGUUGUCCUCUGUGCCCACAUACGUCCCCACCACCACCACCACCGUCACCGCCCGUGUGACCCCGACUCCCGUCUCCUUUUCCCCACAAGUGCUCCAGGCCUCCAGCCUGAGCCCCAUUGCUGACGGGCUCGGUACCCCCACCAGAGGAACCCCAUCAGGACGCACUACGCCCUCCACUGCUCUACGACAGGGGGUUCCACAGAAACCGUACACUUUCCUGGAUGAGAAAUCCAGGGGUCGUUUUGGCGUCGUCCGAGAGUGCCGCGAGAACACAACAGGCAAAAUCUACAUGGCGAAAAUAAUAUCCUACAACCAGGAGAACAAGAAGGACGUCCUGAAGGAGUACGAGAUCCUGAAAUCCCUUCACAAUGAAAAGGUCAUGGCUCUGCACGAGGCCUACAUCACGCCGCACUACUUGGUGCUGGUGGCGGAGUACUGCACCGGCAAAGAGCUGCUGUACAGCCUCAUAGACAGGUUCCGUUACUCCGAGGACGACGUGACGGGUUACCUGGUCCAGAUCCUUCAGGGGGUGGAGUACCUCCACAACCGCCGCGUCCUCCACCUGGACCUCAAGCCCGACAACAUCAUGGUGACCAACCUCAACGCCGUCAAGAUCGUGGACUUAGGAAGCGCUCAGAGCUUCAACCCCCUCAGCCUCAAACACCGGGACUCAGGAGCAGGAACGCUGGAGUACAUGGCUCCUGAGAUGGUAAAAGGUGAAGUGGUUGGUCCUCCUGCUGAUAUUUGGACUGUUGGAGUUGUCACCUACGUUAUGCUCAGUGGUCGACUGCCCUUUGAGGAUAGAGACCCUCUACAAGUGGAAUCCAAAAUCCUGAUGGCGAAGUUUGACCCGACUAAACUUUACCCAAAUGUGUCCCAAAGUGCCUCCGCCUUUCUCAAGAAGAUGUUGAGCAGUUACCCAUGGGCUCGUCCGACUACACGAGACUGCUUUGCACAGGCCUGGCUGCAGGACUCCUACCUGAUGAAGCUGAGGAGACAGACUCUCACCUUCACCUCCGGCCGGCUCAAAGAGUUCCUGGUUGAGCAACAGUGCCGUCGCACAGAGGGCGCCACCAAGCACAGGGUGAUGCUGCGCUCCUACCAGAGCGCCCCGACGCCCGGGACCGCUCCACAUGUUCCCAGCCCGAAGUGAGAGGAUGGUGAAAACGCAGCAACACACACAUGAGUUUGCAGGGUUGGAUCUGUCAGAUCACACCUCUGUGAACCACCGCUGCAUUAAAACAUGUCAGCCCGACUAGAAGGGCAGAGGUCAGGGCACGGAGGACGAGCAGACCGCUGGAUAAAACUUUAAUAUCCACAGAAAAGACAGGAGUCUACGUUUUAUUUUGGGAGACUUCAACAUUCAACGCUGAAGGGAUUCUGAGAUGAAACUAAACAAAAAGAGGAGACCUCCGUGACAUGUUUAUUGAAGUGAAGACGUUCAGAACUGCUCAGAAACUGUCCAUCCUUUAAAAAGGACACAGGAUGUUCUUUGAUUUUCUUUGAUUGCACAAUUUCUCCGUCACCUUGUGUAUUCUGAAAAGUGCACAUUAAUAUUUGGCCUCCACUCUGCACGAUCAACCUGGAACAUGCGUAUCAUUAGCUUUUCUGUCACUAGAUUUACUAGAAAACAACUCAUGUGAAUGUACCAUGAUUUAAGCUGCUAAUUUAUUUUUUUUGCAUUUAAUUACACAUUUUAAAACUCAAAACCAAAAAUAUUAUUUUUUUUCUUGAAAUUGUUUACUUUUUACAUGUUAAUUUAUUUGCAUGUGUGUGUGUGUGUGUGUGUGUGUGUGUGUGUGUGUGUGUGUGCGUGCGAGAGCAUUUUUUGAAUCACUUUUUGAAUUCUCAUUGAGGCAAAAAAAAAAGGUUAAAAAUAAGGAGCGUCUUUGUGAUUGAUGUUCAGAUUCACACCGUUAAAAUGAACUAUUUUAGGGUGAGCUAGACAUUUUUGGUACAACUUCUUUGUUCUGUGGUUGAAACUGAACUCUGUAAUAAAUGAAAAGCAGUCUGUAAUGUAGAUUUUACAUUAACAGUGGUAAAUAGCUGUGGUUUCUCAGUAUUGCCCAUCGGUUGGUCAGGUUGCUUAAAUCAUGAUCACCCAGUCAGUGCCUAAAUCGGAUUGAUAUCCAAAAUACUUCUCUUGUAAAUGUGUCUCCAUUGGUAAUAAUUCACAAUUGAUGAAUUCUUUGAACAAAGCAAACAUUUGAUUGCAAUAUUUAGACUUCACAUCAACACAGAUGUAUUUAGAUUCUUACAUACAUGCAUACAUACAGUACACACAGUCCUUGUAAUAAUAGAACGUCUUGUGUAUUGCUCUUAUCACAGUGUUCCUUUUUUGUAUGAAUUUGGACGUUUGAAGAUUUAUAAAUGUACCAAUUUGCGGUGUUUAUAUGUGGGGAAAAAAGUUGAAGAUGUUUUUAUGAGAAGGUAUGUAAUA